CCAUGCGUUCAUAUAUCCUCUCUACCCUCCUGCUGGCUACCACAGUCUUCGCCGUGCCUCACAGCCCAACCCAGCAACGCAGCGAGAUCAACACCGACAACAUCCCCGUGGUCAAUCUUGUCACUGACCUACUGAAAGCACUCAAUAUUGACGCCGACGUAUCUGUCAACCCCGAUAACUUGUUGAAAAAUCUCAGCAAGAGUCAGAUGCAUGGUCUAGCAGCAUGUGCUAGGCAAUAUCUUCCUGAAAACGCUGCUGUUCCUGUCUCAACGUCUAGGGAACAGAAUUAA